AUGAGGCUGCACCAGGCCACUUCCGACGCCGACGUGCCAUCUCGGAGAGACGACCAAGUCGCCCGCACACUUCUCAUAGAGCUUCUGGCUCAUCAGUUUUGUUUCCCCGUGCAAUGGAUCGACACCCAACACUUGAUACUGGGCUCCAGGCCAACAGAGCGCAUCGUCGAGAUGGGGCCCGGCAACACUCUUGUCAACAUGGCCAAGCGAACAAUAGCACGCGAGUACGCGCCGCGAGAUACUGCCCAAAACGUCUCGCGACAGUUGCUGAGCUUCCAGCACAACCUUGACAAGAUAUGCUACGACCAAAAGCUGGAAUCGCCCGAGAUUGAGCCCACGACUGUGGCAGCGACUCCUGCGCCUGCAGACCCUGUGGCCGCUGCCCCCCUUCAGUCCUCGGCCGCUCCGCUGUUUGCUGCUGCUCCAGUUGAAAUCCAAGACAAGCCGGCCAGUGCCAUCGAGGUUGCCUCGACCAUCAUCUGUGUUGGCUUGAAGAAGCCGCUAGAUGGAAUCGACCUGGCCAAGUCGAUCAAGGCGCUUUCUGGAGGCCGCUCGACGGUGCAAAACGAGAUCAUCGGAGACCUUGCGGCUGAAUUCGGUGCAAUACCAGAGGCCGCAGAGGACAUGCCCAUUGACCAGCUCUGCUCCAUCUUACAAGAGACGUUUCUUGGAAAGCUGGGCGCAAAGUCGUUAUCCUUGAUCGACAAAAUGAUGUCGCAAAAGUCCCCUGGAACAUUUCAGGAUGCUGGCAUCCGAAAACACCUGAGGCAGCGAUGGGGCUUCGGGCCUGGCCGCCAAGACACCAUCUUGCUCUGGGCGGUGACCUCGCAACCACAGUCUAGGCUCCAGAAUGAAGACGACACCAAGGCCUUUGUCAACGGCAUUGUACACAGGUAUACCAACAAGACAGGUCUUGUUCUGCCUGAUGUAUCAGGCUCGACGGCCCCCGCUGCGGCACAAGUAACCGUCAGCGCCGAAGCCCUUGAGUUUCUGGAAGAUAGGCACAAGACCGUCUUGGAGGAGCAGCUCGGGCUCUAUGCAAAGCUGCUCGGACUCGAUCUCCACGCUCCCGAGGCUGCGCAUGCGGCUCUUGGCCAGCGCAUAUCAGAGCUGCAAGGCCGGUUGGACGAGUGGAACGCCGAACACGGGGAAGCCUACGCAUCUGGCUUGCAGGCCAUCUUCACGCCGCUCAAGGCUCGCGUCUACGACUCAUGGUGGAACUGGGCAAUGCAAGAUCUCCUGGAACUCGUCUCGAUGGCGGCUUCUGCUCAUACGGGCGACCCGGACCCGGCCUUUGACCGCUUGAGACGUAAUGUGCUGCAAAAAACCCAUCCAAGGCUACUAUCGACAAUGCGGCAUUGCGCUGCCACGACCCUGAAUAACAGUGUCGCCAAAGUGCUACGCGAGCUACUACCGGAAUGCGAGGCGUCCAUGGACAAGAAACCAGUGGUUUACCGGGGCAUCCAGUCUAUGGCCCCCGUGACCAUCGUCGAAAGGUCUGGCAAGGUCGUGUAUAGCGAGAGGCCGAGAUCAACGCCUCGAGGCGCGCUUGACAAUGAUGACCAACUGCUCAGACUCGGCCGCAAAAGCAUCCAUGGUUGGGACUACAGUCAUGGGCUUUCGUCCGUAUUGCACCGUGUCCUGGCCGGUGCCAGAACGACAGGGAUCUCCUUGUGCGAAUGCAAUGUGCUCGUAACAGGGGCGGGGGCAGGCUCGAUUGGCUGCGAACUCGUCUCCAAACUGCUCGCGGCUGGUGCCCACGUCGUCGUCACCAGCAGUUCCUACUCACCCAAAGUCACCCGCUUCUACCAGAGCCUGUUUGCUGAGCACGGUAGCAAGGGCUCCAAGCUCGUGCUGGUUCCUUUCAACCAAGGAAGCGUCCGUGAUAUCGAGGCUUUGUUGCAGUACAUAUACGACCAAGACGGUCUAGGUAUGGAUCUCGACUACGUGGUUCCUUUCGCCGCCAUCUCGGAGAACGGGCGAGCCUUGGACAACAUCGACUCACGCAGUGAGCUUGCUCACCGCAUCAUGCUCACAAACACCAUACGCUUGAUGGGGAAAAUAAAGCAGCAGAAACAAGCCCGCGGAAUUACUAUGCGACCAGCCCAGGUGAUUCUUCCCCUGUCGCCCAAUCACGGAACUUUCGGCAGCGACGGUCUCUACGCAGAGUCAAAGCUCGGCCUUGAAGCACUCUUUGAAAAGUUUCACUCAGAAGACUGGGCCGAGUACCUGCUCGUGUGUGGUGCGCUCAUAGGCUGGACGCGAGGAACUGCGUUGAUGUGUGAUAACGACAUGGUGUCCGAGGGCAUUGAAGAAAUGGGCGUGCGGACGUACACUCAGGAUGAGAUGGCGCUCCAUGUCAUGGCAUUGAUGGACCCAGCCAUCGUCACCUUGUGUACUGAUGAGCCGCUGCUUGCUGACUUGAGCGGUGGCAUGGCUCGUGUUGCCGAUUUGAAACAUGUCACCAUGGGAAUACGAGACUCCAUCAACCAACUGAGCGAGGAGAGGCGCGCAACGACACAAGAGGCCGAGUUCGUCGGCUGUCGGAUGAACCUUGAAGCCCAGCUUGAACCUCAAGCCGAUCUGGAGCUCAAAUUUCCAGGUCUGCCUGACUGGAAUACCGACAUCAUGCCGCUCGCUGGACAACUACAAGGCAUGGUUGAUCUUGAUCGCGUCGUCGUCGUCACGGGCUUUGGAGAAGUUGGGCCGUGGGGCAACUCGCGAAUCCGAUGGGACAUGGAGUUGAACGGGUCCCUGUCGUUAGAGUCGUGUAUCGAGCUGGCGUGGACCAUGGGCUUGAUCAAGUCACACUCGGGCACCAUCGACGGACAAGCGUAUUCCGGUUGGAUUGACAAAGAGACGGGCAAGCCCAUCCCCGACCGGGCGAUUCGGGACAAGUACGAGAGUCAUAUGCUCAAACAUUCCGGAAUUCGCUAUGCGGAGCCCAAGCAAAACUCGCCGUCUUGGAAGGGUCUGGAAGCACUCCAUGAAGUCGAGAUUUCGAGAGACCACGACCCCGUCGAGGUCAGCAACGAAACCGCAAUCCAACUCAAGGCAGCUCAUGGCGACAAUCUGCAUAUUGAGGCGACACAAGAUACUGGCCGGUCCAGGAUCGUGCUCAAAAAGGGGGCAAAAAUCAUGAUACCCAAGCUCCUCAACACCCAACACACAGUCGCUGGACAGGUCCCUUUGGGCUGGAACCCGAGUACUUACGGGAUCCCCGAAGAUAUCAUCGCUCAGGUCGACCCGGUGACACUGUAUGCAUUAGUCGCUGCUGCCGAAGCCUUUCUGACUGCAGGAAUCUCGGAUCCGUAUGAGCUUUACGACUAUUUACACAUGAGUGACGUGGCGAAUUGCGUCGGCUCGGGCUUUGGAGGCAUAUCUAGCAUGCGCAACAUGUUCAAGGAGCGAUUUCGAGACCGACCGGCGGCAAGUGACACGCUUGCCGAGUCUUUCAUCAGCUCCGGCAGUGCCUGGAUCAACAUGUUGCUCCUGUCAGCUGCCGGCGCCAACAAGACACCUGUUGGGGCGUGUGCCACUGCCCUCGAGUCUUUGGACACGGCCUUUGACUUGAUCCAGGCGGGUAAAGCCAAGGUCUGCUUGGUGGGCGGCUUCGACGACAUGCUCAAGGAGAUUUCGAACGAGUUUGCCAACCUCAGGGCGACAGUCGACGCAGACGAGGAUGCCGCAAGAGGCCGAGAACCGGCAGAGAUGAGUCGGCCCGCAACCUCAACACGCGACGGCUUCGUCGAGUCAGAAGGUGCAGGAGUUCAAAUUGUUACAUCGGCGAGCGUUGCCCUCCAGAUGGGCCUGCCUAUUCAUUGCGUCGUUGCAUUGACGCGCACAGCCAUGGAUAAAGCCGGUCGAUCCAUUCCUGCCCCUGGCCGGGGACUCAUAGGCGCAGCCGCCCAGAAGCAGGCCAAGUAUGACUCGCCGCUGAUGAGCAUGGCGUACCGUAGGCGGGCACUGAGACUAAGAAUGCAGCAAGCCGCCGAGAUGCGCGAGCUGCACCUGUCAUACAUGGAUGACGACAUUGCUCAGCUGAAGAGGCAGGGUUACGUUUUCGACGACGGCGAGUAUCGCCAACAGCGCCUGGCCAGUAUCGAGAACGACGCCAAGCGAGACCACAAGGAGUCUCUCAAUUUAUAUGGCAAUCAGUUUUGGUACCACGACAGCCGCAUUUCACCGAUUCGUGGGGCCCUUGCCGUCUGGGGGCUGACGGUAGAUGACAUCGACGUCGUUUCCUUUCAUGGCACAUCGACGAAAGCAAAUGAGAGAAACGAAGCAGCCGUAAUCAACGAGCAAUUCAAACAUCUUGGUCGCAAGAAGGGCAAUGUCGUGCCCGUCGUGUGUCAAAAGUCGCUUACCGGCCACCCCAAGGGAGCUGCUGGAGCUUGGAUGCUAGACGGCUGCAUGCAGCUUAUGCACGAUGAACGGAUUCCGGGCAAUCGCAACGCCGAUAACAUCGAGGCCGCGUUGCAAGAAUACGAUUACCUCGUGUUUCCCAACAAGCCCAUCAACAAGACGGAGAUCAGGGCCUUUAUGACGCAAUCAUUUGGCUUUGGCCAGAAAGGCGCCCUGGCUAUCGGGGUGAAUCCCAAGUAUCUCUACGCGACAAUGCAGCAGCAUGAGUUUGCGGCAUAUAGGCAGAAACUCGGGUUGCGCCAAAGAAGGGCGACCCGGGACUUCCAGAAGCGUCUAUUCAACAAUAGUGUGUUUCAAGCAAAGGAGAAGACUCCCUACGCAGCAGGCGAGGCCGUCCGGACUCUUCUGGAUCCAGAGGCAAGGUUUGUAUCCUAG